AUGAACAAGACUGAUAGAGACUCUGUUAUCGAAUAUGCCACUCAGCUCAAACAGCUGGUGCAUGAUCCUCACAGCUUCCUAACCGAACUCGUCGUCCAGCAGCAGCAGUAUUACUGCAUCGGCUGGCUUUGUCACUUCGAUGUACUUUCUUUCAUCCCACUCCCUUCCAAGGCAAUUUCCUACCCUGAAGUCGCCAUGCAGGCCAAAGUGCCCUUGUCAACACUGCAGUCUGUAGCGCGCAUGGCUAUGACGGCAGGGUUUCUCUGCGAGACCAAGGAUGGACGACUCUCGCACAAUGACUUGUCUCGUCAUUUUGUUACAGACGUUCAUAUGCGCACGCAGCUUUUGUACAUGUUUAACCAGACUGUUCCUAUUAUGGCGGCUCUGAAAGAAGCUAGUGCCAGAUGGGGCAAUACGUCGCAGACGAAUGAGACAGCGUAUAAUGUUGUUUAUGAUACGGAUCUUUCGUUCUUUGGUUAUCUUAAGGCGAAUCCUGAUUUGGGAGAGGCUUUUCAUGCUUACAUGAAGAGUCGGGCCGUGUCUCACACCGGGUCCAAUGUUGAGCACUUGCUCCAUGCGUUCAAUUGGAAGGCAUUGGGUGAAGCUACUGUCGUUGAUAUUGGUGGAAGCAGUGGCUCAACCUCCAUCAUGCUAGCCACAGCAUUCCCUAGUCUCAAUCUCAUAAUCCAAGAUCUGCCCGAGCCCAUCCAAAACGCCCGCUCUCGCAUCUCCGACCUCCCUUCGGACAUUCAGAGCCGCAUCUCCAUGAUAGAAUACGACUUCUUCACUCCUCAGCCCAUUAAGCACGCUGACGUCUACCUCCUUCGCACCAUCCUCCACGACUGGCCUGAUGCCGACGCCGUGAAGAUCCUGCAGGGUGUAGUUGAGGCUAUGGGUCCUAACAGUCGCUUGCUGAUCAUGGACAUGGUGCUGCCUCAGCCGGGAUCCGGGAAUAAGACUUUUGAGGCGGCGCUGCGACAGAAGGAUCUUACUAUGAUCCAGACUUUUAACGCGAAGGAGCGAGAGGUUGAGGAGUGGGGUGCGUUGCUUUGUAAGGCUGAUUCACGGUUGAAGAUUCGGGCUAUUGAACGGCCUGCUGGAAGUGAGUUGUCGGUCAUUGAGGCUGUUUUGGAGGGAGAGGUUGUUGAUGAGUUGUCAUGGCAUUCAUUUGUUGGGUAG